CUCGUCGUGUUGUGAGUGAAUGUGGUGGUGGUGUUGACUGGUGUUGAGCGAGACACUCGUUCAGCAGGAACUUACCCUUCUCAAAGUGCGAUUUUCGGACUACUUCAAGUUGAAUGAGUGACUUUUUAUACUGCAAAGUUUGAUGGAAAAGUGUGACACAGAUAGCUAUGGGAAAACUUCAAAGUAGACAUGUUUGUCGGAGUGUCCGAGUUCCACGUGAAGCUGAGUGCUUCUUUGUGAAUGCUCACCUCAACAAAGCACUUGAGGAGCAAAUUUGGAAGAAAAAGACCGGAUUUAAUCUUGCCAACUAUAACAUGGACGAGACUAUAUCAGAGCUUUCAAUAUGCUUAGAGGAUAAAGACAGUGGAGUACCUUUAAGAGUGGAGCUACCACCCCAGAAGUCGGAGACUGAAACGUCCCGGGUGCUGAAACUGGACCAAAUGGCAGAAGAGGACCAGAAAGACAAGUCUGGGAAAAUGGAAGACAUCAAGGGAGAUUCACGGCUUAGUAUUGAGGAGUUUGAAUGCGGGGUGCAGUUUGAGGGCUCUGAAAAUUCCAAACAAGAAUGGUCCUUCACGUUAUACGACUUUGACGGGCAUGGCAGAAUCACUAAAGAGGAUCUAGCCAGUUUACUCAAAGCACUGUAUGAUGCAGUUGGAUCGUCCAUCAAGUUGCCGCCAAAUGGUACAAAGACGCUGAAGCUACGUCUCACAGUGGGGCAGGAUAAUACUCAGAUUCAGGUACAGAGGGCAUCUCCAACGAAGGGCAAGGAGAAUGGCAAGGCCAAAGAAAGUAAAACCAAAGACUCCAUCAGAAUCAAGGAGUUGUCCAAACUGAACAACUUGAUGCAGCCAGGCUCUGCGAAGGUGAAUAACGAGACACAGAGUGCAGCGGCAGUAACUGGAACAAAGACAACAACAACUACGACGACGACGACUCGCAACCAGUUGAGUCUGGAGGAUCAGCAGCAGUUGGUGGAGCUGGUGCAGGAGAACAUGGAGAGGAACCACAUUAAACAGCUCAGACGUCACCAUAGCGACUGUCGCAACAUGAUGGAACAUCAGCACCAUCACAAGCGUCGUCAUAGAAACCAUUGCUCACACGAAGAUCGCCCAAAAGAGAGUCAGGACCGAAGGAACUACUACCUUGACCUUGCUGGGGUGGAGAACAAUACGUCAAAGUUUCAGAAUAAUCCUACUGUGCCCACAGCAGGAUCGGGUUUUGUGCAAACUGGCCACCACAGGUCAAGGUCACAUGAUGUGACCAAAAAAUUUGACAAUGUGAAAAGAGAAUCAGAACGUUUAGCGAAACAUUUAGAAGGUUCAAAACCAGACCACCCAAGGUCGAGGUCAUUUGACCCCCAGGAAACAACGGCUGUAUGUUCCCCAAAAGGACAUUCGAAAAACCCCUCGUCCCCUCACAAGCACAGCAGCAAGUUCCGACCAGUGAGUUUACCAGCACAUGUGCCCGCCACUGUGUCGCCACACUACCACCGGCGCCAUCGGCACAGAGAGAAGGAUCAUGGACUAGCAAUGCAACAAGUCGCAGAGUGGAUUGAGCGGGAACAUGCAUGGGAGAUGGAGGGAGAGCAUGUGAUGGUGCAGCGUCAUGAACAUCACCACAUACAUGAGCAUCACCACCAUCAUCACUACCAUCACUAUUAUGAAGCAUGACAACCAACCCGCCCACGGAAGAGCACAUGCAACAGACUCAGCAAGAAUAAAUAUUUAUUUUUUUUGUGCAUUUAAGCACUGCCAUAUUGGCCAGUGAGAUCUUUGAAAUGAGAUCACAUGCAUUUCUUACUACUUUUCGCCACAAUGCAACCAUUGAGUCUCUGUACAAAAACACUCUGCCAGUCCUCAAUAGGGCAACAUGAAAUCCCAUGAUGCAUUUGUAAAGUGACAUCACUUCCUGUCUGGAACAGGGAAGACUUUUUGUGUUGUCUUUAUGAAGUGGGUUACUGCCUUCUUGAUUCUGAUUGGCCGAAAGUGACCUUGACUUUGGCCACUGCUUGUGUAUGGACAUGAGCAGAAUGGCUCAAUCUACCUCUUGCAAGAUUAUGUUUCUAUUCUCGUUUGCUAUCAUUCACGCCAGUUGUACAGAAACCAGACUUGUGAAUAUUGUAUAUUAUGUAUGUAGUCUAUAUUUAUGCACUUGACUUCAGUAUCAACUAUACCUCGGCCUAUUGCUAGUCAGGGUGUAUAUUUUCGGCCGAGAUCGUUAUUGGACAAAAUGUUGUGUGAAAAAUGUGCAUGUACAAAGGACUGGAUAUUUGUGCAGCCAAUCCCUGGACGAUACAUUGUGAACUGUUGUAGACUAAUUACAAAGGUUCUGAGGGAAAUCCAAUUUUGUUGAUUCAUUUUCAACAGGUGUAAAUUGCUUUCUGAGACAGUUUUCCUGCGAGUUUGAUCAUUUUGUUAAGAUAAAAUUUAUUUAUGAUAUUUGAUGAACUUGUUUACUGCUGUUAAUUAAUGGUUUUAAGGCAUAAUCCAAAUUGUUGUGUAAUCGUUUAGAAAUACACCUUUCCAUAUUGGAAACGUCAUGAGGUUAUAUUUGUUAUAGAGUAUGUUCACGCAAGCUGAAGAAAUGUCAAGUAAUUGGAUUGUGAAGUCGGUUUUAAUCUCAAGAGGCCAGUCUGGUGUUGUCCCAGUGAUAACAAAGUUGUAUUGAACUGAGAUUCACAGAAUAACAACUACAACCCGUUGUGAGCUUUAUGAAAGUCAUAUUUCUGCUAUUUUCACAAAUGUUACAUCACCUUUGCUUUCUGGAUGUAGACUGUUCAGUCCCCUGUAUAAUAUUGGGCCGCAUCUAAUUAUUGUGUUUUCAUCAUUUUCUUCAUUAAUUUAAUCAGUUUCAUAUUUCCAUGGUAACAAACACAUUGUGUGAAUGCUGUACUUCACUGUAACAUUUGAAACUGACCUAUACCAGCCUCCUACUGUAGAUGCAUGUGUUGGAGAUGAGAUUAUUUAAGUGACUAUUUGAGAAUUCCUGCUCAAAAUUGUGUUGUCUUUGUAUCAGAAAACUGACUACAUUCAACAGGAAUAAAAACAGGCCGACCGAAACACUGUAAUUGCCCAACAAGCCCACUUUUGAAUUCUCUUAUUGAAACUCAUUUUUUUGGAAUUCAAGUUAACCUAGGCAGAAAUGCUAUGGCUCGAAACGAACAUUGAAAACAUUUCCUCAGACAUAGAUGAGAAAUUAUCUUGAUUGCUAUUUAGUUUUCACACAUUUUUUGUCUCAUCUGACAAUCUGUAACAAUGGUCCUGAUUGGCUGACCACUAAGUGAAGAACUAGAGUGCUCUUUUUCGGUUGGCUGUUGUUAUGCCUGAUCUAUAUAGUGAUUUUUCUGCCUGGUUUGAAAGGUACGUGUUUUGAUGCUUAAAUAUUGGUUCCAGACAGUCUGGUUGUAAGCACAGGAUGUCGUUCUGUGUGUUGGUGCGGGUUCUCCAUCAUCAGCUCUAAGUGUACUCUUGUUAAUACUUUAAAGAAAUUCAAAUUAUUAUCCUUUCAUUCUGGCCACAAUAUCAGAAUAGUGCAUGACAUAUUUUGAAAUACAAGGACUAAUUAACAGUCUUAUAUAAAUUUUGAGAUGGUUUUACUAAGCAUGAGAAUAAGCCUCUGUUCAUAUUUUAGUUCAUAACUCGUAAAACACACACCUGAAAUUGUGUAUUUUCAAUAUUUUGUCAAUUAUUUUUUUGAAAUUUUGGGCGGGUAAUUGAUAGAAAUCAGGUUGUGUUGAGGAAUUACUCUUUUCUGAGAGCUAUCAAUUUACCUGCGUAGUGAUGUAGGAGAUUCUUGUUGCUCGUGGUAUAGAAUUGAUGAUGGAAGACAGGUGAGUGAGAGGCAUCUCCCAGGUUUGUGUACUGCAGACUGUUUAUACUACCCUUGUACUCACAAUCUACCAGAAAAAAUAAAAGGUUUUGUUGACAUCCAA